GGGUUGCCAUGGCGACAUGACGCGAGCUUGAAGGACUGCGCUCGUUUUGGUGUCUCCGCAUCCUCUCAGAAUAAAACUGCAUCAAAUAAGAGUCUCUUUAUGAAUGAGUGAAUGUGCAUGUGUGUGGAUGAGGGAGUUGACAGACGAAACGGGAUUAACGGUGAGCGCGCAGCACGCCCCCGUGUCGCCCAUCCAUCCGCGGUGAGUGGAAACAUGACGGCCUGGUCUGUGCGGCUCCUGUCCGGAGCCCUGAAGCCCGUGUUCAGCAGCCGGUUGGCCCGGGCUCAUGGUGCAGCUCCAUGUAGUCAGAGACACAAGUCCACUUACACCACCAUACCUCCACCGGCUCGGUACGGAGGCAGACACACCGUGACUCUGAUUCCUGGAGACGGUAUCGGACCCGAGCUGGCCAACCACGUUCGUGAACUGUUCCGGUUCUGCUGUGUGCCGGUGGAUUUUGAAGUUGUCAAUGUGGACUCGGCUGUCGCCUCAGAAGAUGACAUCAAUAAUGCCAUAAUGGCUAUCAGACGCAAUGGGGUUGCACUGAAAGGUAACAUUGAGACCAACCACAAUUUGCCCCCGUCCUACAAGUCCAGAAACAAUCUGCUCCGCACCACUCUGGAUCUGUACGCCAACGUGAUGCACUGCCAGUCCCUGCCAGGAGUGAGGACACGUCACCGAAACAUCGACAUCAUGAUCAUCAGGGAGAACACAGAGGGGGAGUACAGCAGCCUGGAGCACGAGAAUGUGCCAGGUGUUGUUGAAUGUCUGAAGAUCAUCACCAAGACCAAAUCUCUACGCAUCGCUGACUACGCAUUCAGGACCGCUCGGGCUAAAGGACGCCAACGAGUCACUGCUGUACACAAAGCUAACAUCAUGAAGUUGGGUGACGGCCUCUUCCUGGAGUGCUGUAAGGAGGUUGCCAGCGGUUACCCUGAAAUCACCUUCGACAGCAUGAUUGUGGACAACACCACCAUGCAGCUGGUUUCCAGGCCCCAGCAGUUCGAUGUGAUGGUCAUGCCCAACCUGUAUGGUAACGUUGUGAGCAAUGUGUGUGCCGGGCUGGUUGGCGGACCGGGCCUGGUGCCUGGAGCCAACUACGGGGAGGACUACGCCGUGUUUGAGACGGGCACCAGGAACACCGGGAAGAGCAUCGCUAACCGUAACACGGCUAACCCCACGGCAAUGCUGCUGGCCUCCUGCCUGCUGCUGGAUCACCUGAAGCUCCACGCCUACGCCAGCAUGAUCCGCAGAGCCAUCCUCUCCACCGUCACCGAGACCCGGCUGCACACCGCCGACCUGGGAGGCCAAGGCUCCACCUCUGACGUGGUCCAGUCCGUCAUGAAUGCCGUUCAGAGCACCGGGCCCCGGACGCUGAGCAUCUAGAACAAGCACACGUGAACAUGCUCUGCUCAGUGGGUCUUCUGUGCAGUUUCACACAAACAACAGCAAAGAAUGAAACUGUUUACUCAAACAGUUUGUAUGUCUAUGCAAUAGUUUUCCCCUCGUCUGAACCCAGAGGGUCUCCUCGCCUCCCGGCUGUUAUUUAAAGUUUGAGCACUUUAUUUUCCCUUCAUACUGUCUGAGUAACACCCAGUCAAAAACCCAUUUAUUAUUUAUUAUGAUUAUAUAUUACGUGUUCACUCAUUUGAAAUUUAACGAAGCAGGACUGUUGUUUGUCUCCUGAAACACAACCGUCCUCCCACUGAAUGUAUCGGGCAAAAUUGACGUCAGAUAAAGCUCGUAAUGUUCAUUUGUUUGUCUUCAGAAGUGUGUGUGUGUGUGCGCUUAAACAAACACAAUGCAUGAGUGCAUGUUGCACUGGCUUGUGUGGACCACAGGGAGGCCUCACUGUCACAGUUAACCACCACAUUCAGUGAAACUUCACUCUCUUAACAACUUCUUUGUAUUAGUCGAGCCAGUUGUGUUUUUAUCAGCAUCAGGCAUAAUAAUAAUAAGUUUAUUGCACACUUCAUGCCAAGACGCAGCCCAAAGUGUUAAAAG